UGGGCCGGUCGGCUGUGACCUCGCCGGGUCCGUCGGCUGUGAUUAGACUGCGCCGAUGCGAGUUCCCUUAGCUGUUUCGGCACCGCGUUGGUUUGCUGUUCGCUGCCUGCUCGGCCGUCGUUGUUACACCGACACUUCAGCGUGUCGCGACCGCGGUCUUCAGUCAUUUAUCCGCCACUCUAUGAUGUGGGCAACCAGCGGGCGCGGUCACUUCGUGAAGCCCGACAACCUGACUCCAGGUGCCGCCGAAUACGUGGCCAACCACAGUGGUCCGCUUCAUCCCGUGCUAGCAAAACUAUGCCAGGAAACCCAGCAACAGCGAUAUCCUGGAAUGAUGAGCGACACGGCAGAGCUUCAACUUUUCGACAUCCUCCUCAAAGCCACUGGAGCGAAGCAUUACCUGGAAAUCGGUGUUUUCACUGGUGUGAGCACGCUAGCGGCCGCCCUGGCUCUACCACCAGAGGGCCGUGUCACUGGACUGGAGGUCAACGCGGAGACCGUUAACGUCGGGAGGCCAUUCUGGAAAGAGGCUGGCGUCGACGAGAAGAUAGACAUUAUUAUUGGCGACGCAAAGAAGUCCUUAGACGAUCUGAUCGCCCAGGGCAGAUCAAACUCUUUCGAUUUCAUUUUCAUCGAUGCCGACAAGAACUCCGUCGACGAUUACUACGAGAAGAGUCUGCUGCUCGUGAGGCGCAACGGCAUCAUCGCCGUUGACAAUGUUCUGUGGCACACGAAAGUGUUCAAUCCAACAGUCAACGAUCCUGAGACAGACGCCAUCCGGCGGCUGAAUCGCAAGAUGGCGACGGACGAUCGCGUUCAGAUCAGCUUGGUCACCGUGGCGGACGGCGUCACAUUCGUGCUGAAGAAGUGAAAUGCGCGAAGCUGGCGAACGAGCGUCGACGCCAAUUAUAUAAUACGUAGUACAAGAGAAGCGGUGUUCGCGAACAGUUUAUCACCGCUGUGAUACUGGCCGGGGCCACAAGUGUAGUCCAUCGCAACUACACCCGCCGCAAUUGUGUGUAGAAUCUAUGGCGUUGUGCUGCUAAGCACAAGGUCAGUGACUCAUUUCCUGAAAAUGGCGGCCGAAUUUUAAUGAAUAAACGUUUCUCCAAUUCCUGAA